UUUAUUACUGCUUUCUAAUGCACAUAAGUAUUCAGAUGGUUUCUUUAAAAAACGAUCAGAAAUUGAUUUGACAGAUAUUUAAGGUUUAUUUCAACAUAAAAAAAUAACUGUUUUUUGUGGCAUUAAGAUUGGGCCAGGGAUCAAAAUUCGCUCAUUGAAGUUUCUGUAACUGAAGCUGUUGUUUUAUUUCUAAAAAUUGUAACUUUUGUAUUUUGCAUGUUGGUGUAAUAUGAAUUUCAUUUGUAUUCUAGCUGUUGAAGACCUGGAACAUAUGUGGCCAUGCUUUGAAUAUAAUGAGAAAUUUGUCAGCUCAGAAGAGCUACAGAAGCACUUGAAUGUUCAUGACAAUGAACGUGAGGAAGACGGAGAACCUAAGAAAUCAAAGUCUAAGAAAUCUGGGCGAACGUUUAGGCGCAAAGGUGUGUCACAUUUUACACCAAAGAAAUUUAAGUCAGAUGGUGAUAAACGUACUGAAUUGUCCCCUUACCAGUGUCAUGUCUGUCAUCGAGCCUUUCCUUGCAACUACAGUUUGAAACGACACCAGCUUCUGCAUGUUGGGGAGAAGAAGUACAUUUGUGAAAUUUGUGGACAUCAGUUCUGUCAUGUGCACAACAGAGACAGGCAUGUUCGAAAACAGCAUAAACAUUAUGGCAGUGACAACAGUGGGAAACUUACUGCCAACACAGUUAUGAAGAAGAAGCCACCAGAGUGAGUUAAGUCGUGAAUUAGUGUUUACUGAUGACAAAUGAUUUUAAAUGUUGAAAGUUAAGUGUUUGGUAGUGGUUUGAACUUGGACUCUGUUCAUCA